UUCCUUUCCUUCUCUUCUCAGCAACCUAUUCUUCUGACACAAAAUUUCAUUCAACACAAGUCAACAUCUAUACACAACAAAAGGGUGUACAAAACAAAGUGAUGGCCCAAAAACUCAUCACAUAAUCAAACUAUAAGCUAAAAAAGAAAAAAUGUUAAAUGGUGAACAAUAAAACCUAGCACAUUCAAGCCAAAUCAACCUCACCAAUCCAUCACUCUCUUACUUCAAUGCAUCAACAUUAUUUAGAUUUUCCUUUUCAAAAAAAAAAAAAUUAUUUAGAUUUUAGAAAACAACCUUAGAAACCACAUACUAUAGUAACCAACCAACCAAACAAACAAACAAACAUCUUGAGCUAAACAAUGAAAAAUCAAAACACCAUCAUUCUUGUUUUUCUCUUUCUCAUUCUCCAUUUAGCUACAACAAAAGCUGGUUUUGGUGUUGGUGGUAGUGUUGGUGUAGGUGUAGGUGUUGGAGGUGGAGUUGUUUGGGGAGUAGGAGGUGGGAAUAGUAACCAAAAUCCAAAGUCCUAUGAAUCUCCAACAUCAAAGAUGGAAUCAGCUUACACAGUUCUUCAAGCAUGGAAAUCUGCAAUCACUGAUGACCCUUUAAAGAUACUAGAUUCUUGGAAUGGUUCAAAUGUAUGUUCAUAUAAAGGAAUCUUCUGUGCAAAUCCUGAAAAUGGAAUAACUUCUACAACAGCUUCUACUUCAGUAGUUCUUGCUGGAAUAGAUCUAAACCAUGCAAACCUUGAAGGAACACUUGUACAAGAAUUAUCAUUACUCACUGAUAUGUCAUUACUUCAUCUCAAUAGUAACAGAUUCAGUGGAACAGUUCCUGAAACAUUCAAAGAUCUUGUUUCACUUCAAGAGUUAGACCUAAGUAAUAACCAACUUUCAGGUUCUUUUCCUUUGGUUACUUUAUAUAUGCCAAGUCUCAUAUACUUGGAUAUUAGGUUUAACUCUUUCUCAGGUUCAUUACCUCAAGAGCUUUUCAACAAGAAUCUUGAUGCAAUAUUUCUCAACAACAAUGAGUUUGAAGGUGAAAUACCUACAAACUUAGGUAAUUCACCUGCUUCUGUGAUAAACUUAGCUAAUAACAAAUUGAGUGGAAAUAUUCCAGCUAGUUUUGGUUUCAUGGGAUCAAAGAUCAAAGAGAUUUUGUUUCUGAAUAAUCAGUUAACUGGUUGUAUACCUGAAGGAGUUGGACUUUUUACUGAGAUGGAAGUUCUUGAUGUGAGUUUCAAUUCAUUGAUGGGUCAUUUACCUGAUACAUUAUCAUGUUUACAGAAUAUAGAAGUGCUUAACUUGGCUCAUAAUCAGCUUUCUGGAGAGUUAUCAGAUAUAAUCUGUUCUUUGAGGAGUUUGGCUAAUUUAACUGUUGCUUAUAAUUUCUUUUCUGGGUUUAGUCAACAAUGUUCUAAGCUGUUUUUUAGGAAUGUUGGUUUUGAUUUUUCACUUAAUUGUAUUCCUGGGAGGAACAUGCAAAGACCUCAACCUGAGUGUUCUAUGAUCCCAGGUGGUAGCUUAAGUUGUCUCAGAAUUCCAACACCAAAACCUCUUGUUUGUGGUUCUAUGUCUGUAAGUACCUCUGAGAACGCUCGAUUCUCUUCACAAUCACAUUCACAUUUUUCAAAAUCACAAUCUCCUCCGUGAUAGUUACUGAGUAAAUCGUUAUUUUAGUCCCUAAAUGUAUCAAACAAUGUUACUAUAGUUUCUGAAUGUAUGUUUUUUGUUAUCAAUUUCACAUUCGAGGAUCAAAACAAACCAAUGAAAAACAUAUUCAAGAAUCAAUCUCUCUAAGGAAUGUGUAUACAUUUACGGACUAUAGUGACAGCACUGAAGGAUCAAAAUGACUGUUUACUCUGAUAAUUACAGUAUAGUUAGUUACAGGCUGUUCUUGGCUUUGUCUACUAAUUAGUGUUACCAAUUCUAAUUCAGACCCUUUCAAUUUAAAUUCUUCAUAGAUUCAGUAACCAUAUUUUCUGUAAUUAUAUUUAACAUUUAUGGAUAAGUUAUGCUUAUAAAUUUUGGAGGAAAAUUAUUUGCA